AAUCAUCAUCAUGUGAUUUGACAUGACCCAGUUGCGGCCGGAUUGCUCAACGAAUGUAAACAACCAAGCUUAGCUAGCUAGCUUAGUGUAGCUAGCUCUAGAUCUAGAGAGGCGCAGUGCUUCAGCGUGGCAAGGACGGAGGAUCAUCAUUUCCUGAUGGCUUUCUUCAAUUAGAGUGUAUGUGAACGCUGAUCAUAAGAAUCAGUAUGCAGAUGUGUGGAAGUGUUCAGGUUUUUUCAUCUAGGCUUAGCUUUUGGCUCUUCGUUCUCUGUGUACUGGCAUCUUUGUGGCAAUUCGGUUCAUCUAGCAGCUUGCAAAAACUGCCAUUCCGGGUCUCAGGCCAGGUGCAAGAUUUUCUGGGCUUCCAGAAGAGCGAAGAUGCAAAGCACGCCUCCAAGAGUGAUCGGAUCGAUAAACUUUUCAACGUGCUCCCGGGUGUCCUGAGAGCUUACGGAUAUCCCAAUGUUGAGGAGAAGUUGGAAAGGCUCCGUUGCCACUUUGAUGCCGUCAAUAAAACAGGAUUGGGGCAUGAUCCCGACAUCAAGUAUAAUGUGAGUGGCCUCAUCGCUAGCCAUGGAUAUCCGGUAGAGGAGCAUGAGGUUCAUACAGCAGAUGGGUUUAUAUUGACGCUUCAUCGCAUACCGUAUGGUGUCAAAAACAGCAGCAAAGGUCCCAGGGAGGUCGCCUUCCUCCAGCACGGCUUGCUGGCUGCUGCAUCCAACUGGGUCACCAAUCAGCCCAACCAGAGCCUAGGCUACCUCCUGGCAGAUGCCGGCUAUGAUGUGUGGAUGGGCAACUCACGCGGCAACACCUACAGCAAGAAGCAUGAGACCCUCAAACCUGACCAGCGAAAAUUCUGGGAGUGGACGUGGGAUGAGAUGGCCAAAUAUGACCUACCAGCCUGCCUGAACUACGCCCUGAACAAGACUGGACAGAAAGAGUUGUAUUACAUCGGCCACUCACAAGGGACCAUGAUUGCAUUUGCCGAGUUCUCCCGCAAUCAGGAGCUGGCGAAAAAAGUCAAAAAGUUCUUUGCCUUGGGCCCCGUUGCAACAGUGGGGUACAUGACAUCACCUUUGUUCAAAUUUCUGAGCGAGGACCUGCCUGACAACUUCCUGACAGAAGUUCUGGCAUAUCUUCACCUUUACGACUUCUUCCCUAGCGAUGAGUUCUUCCGUUUCCUCGCGGAGACAGUCUGUAGUGAGCGGGAGACAGUGUUCAUCUGUGAGUUUGCUUUGUCCAUGUUUGUUGGCUACAGCAGAGAGCAUAUGAAUGCCAGUCGGAUCCCUGUGUAUGUGACCAACUGUCCAGCAGGUACAUCAGUGUGGAACAUGGACCAUUGGGCCCAGAUGGUGACGUCUAAAAAGUGCUGCAUGUAUAAUUUUGGUCCGAAAGGCAACAUGAAACAUUACAAUCAGACCACACCCCCAGAGUACAAGAUCGAGAACAUGGAGACACCCACGGCACUCUUCUACGGUGGCCUUGACACUUUGGCAGAUCUCAAGGAUGUUAGUCUACUUAUACCGAAGAUUAAGCACCUAUUCUACAAUAAGGAAAUCCCAACCUAUGGCCAUCUAGAUUUUAUAUGGGCCAUUGAUGCCCAGAGCUUUUGUUACAAGGAUAUAUUGGGUCUUAUGUGAAGGCCCCCUAGACUAGAAAGUUUCCAUUUUCUAGUCAGUACACCUCUAGCGUCAGGCUUUAGGUGUUAGUGCCCGAUGACCAGGCCAAUUGUUUUUCCAAAAUCUGUCGACUGAUAGCAAUCCUACAAUUUUUUUUUCAAUGGUUUCUUUGUAUGGGGCACUAUAGCUUCUAUAUUCUACCCAUUACAAACUGUACACGUAUGUAUUCUUGUGUAAGAAGUAUAUGCACUGUUCCCUUUUGUUUGUGCAAGUCAUUGAUCUCAAAAGAGGCCAAAGUUUGCAUAUCAGUAAAUAGCAACUCGGAGAUCAUGCAAGAAAAAAAUAGACACUUAAUUGGGGAGCCUUCUGUUCUAAAUUGCUACUUGUCAAUGCAACGUAAAACUGAGAUUAUUUUGAAAUCAUUGACUCUUUGGAGAUAGAGUUGUUACUUUAUGUGCAGAUAAUAUUCCUAGUAAACCUGUACUUGAGAUUUGUUUUACCAAUAACCAUGUUUUUGAAAGCCAUUAUGGCCUAGACUUAUCAGUUUGUUUAAAACCAGACUUUGGUCGGCCCAAAAUUUGCUGUUUUUGAAUAAAACCUGUCUGAAUGUUUGAAUCUUUCUGUAAUUUCUGUAACCGAUAUCUACGACACAGACACUUUGGCCCAGAAAUUACAACCUUUAUGAAAGUAACUUGAAGACUUGCCACAUCUUAGCCAAAAAUGGGCAAAGUCUGUUCUGUUUUAAGCCAUUAGCAUGCAAUCAGUUUUGUGGGAUCACAACCUUUAACUUUGAUAUAAACUUAUCUUAAACAUACUGUAGCGGUGAGAAAAUUGCGUCAUUGCUUCCUGAAGACUUUUGGGGAAGAUUUUAUAAUCAAGUGAUAUAGAUCUGUGGACAACUUUUACCGUGAGAUAAUCGGACAUUUUUCAUGUUUCUUAUUCGUAAUCGAGUAGAGCAAUAAGGAUUUUGUGACCAAACUAACCAAAUACAUGUAUUUAAUCUAUUGCCAUUCCCACACAUACCUGCUCUUGGGUGAUAUAAUUUGUAUGCAUUAAUUAUUCGUUAAUUUUAGUGCUUCUCCAAGACUAAUUGCACUGUGCUAUGACUAAUGGGCUAUUGCAGGAAUCCCCAACUGGCUCCGCCCAGUAUUUUAUUCUACAAAAGUACAAGCAUCAGCGGUGUGUGAUUUUUACAACCAAAAUCUUCUUUGGAUCAGGUCACAGGGACGUCUCAGAUGGAUCUUAUUUUGCUUAUACACGUAUUGUAAUUGUGUUAUUUAUGGUUUUAGUCGUUCCAAGCUGUGAUUUGUAUAUUUGGCUUUCUGUUAUCACUCGUGUUGGUGCAAAUAUCUUUCCUCAAAUUUAAAAAACCUAGAAAUCGUCAACACUGUCAAUGAUCUUGCAGUUGUUUUGCAAACCAAUUUUGCAGCUGAUUGGGUGAAUUUUAAUGAUUAAUCAUACUCUAAUUUGAAAUAAAAUAAUGGUUUAAUUUUUAUGUCCCAAUGUAUUGUUUUCUGCAUCGAGCAGGGGCUAAACGUUUUUUGUAGUGUUAAUGUCACUCGGGAAUUUCAAGAUAUCUUUAGAAAAGAUUUCAUUUUGUUAACGUUCCCUGAAAGUUGUUCUGUCCAUGUAAAUUCUAAACGUGUACCUGUGUACAGUCAAACACAGAGAAGAGCAGUGUUAAUACAUGAGGGGUAUAACAAGGACAAUGUUUGGGUCUAAGGUAGUUGAUUUUCUUUGUUUUCUAUUUCUGAUAAUACAAGGCAAGUAUUAUAACAAGGUAAUUUGUGAAGUCCCAAGGCCCUUGUUUUAAGAGCUUUCCCACAGUAAAUCCUUCAUUUCAUGCAACUAACGUGUACAGCAAAAUUAUGCAGUGUUUUGCCUUUAAAAUUGUGCAUUUUUUCCAUGAGUGACUUUUUUGUAAUUGUAUUUCGGUUUGAAUAAAAACUGCAAUGCUUCGAACACUAGUCGUUUCAGUUUCAAUAGGACUGAAAAUCGAA